AUGCGUUCCUUCCUCGACGGUGUGCCUGCCUUCCUCACCGCCGGACUCCCCACACCCCCGACUCCUCGCGUACCGGACGGACGCCGUCUGGUCCAAGAGGUAAUCUCACCAAAAUCCAGCGUCCUCUACUACCUGGUUGAUGUGCCGCCGCUGGUUAAACUGGCGGAAGCUGACCGGACAGACUGCAGCUUCAGGGAGGCGGUUGCUUGGCAGGUCGAACGAAUCCGAGCGCGCGGGGACCGGAAAUUGAAGAUUCUCUGGAACCAUCGUGAGAGACUUUCUUCUGACCUGGACUUCGGAGUUGACUUGGUUCACUACAAGGAAACCAUCACAUUCAUUCUGCCUUUUUUAAAUAACCCACUUCACGAUAAAAAACAAAUCUAG